AAUUUCGUACGUUUUUAAUUUCUGCUGAUUUUAAAAACAUUCUCUCGAAAUUGGUGGUUAAUUUAAAAAGGAAAGUACUGUGAAUUAAAAUGACAUUUAACAUGGGUAAGAAAACUUUUAUAUUUUGUUUUUAUAUUAAAGAAGCAAGAAUUAUUAUAACAUGAAAAUAUUGUCGCAAACUCAAAACAUUUUUGGCGUGCACAAACAUAUUUAAAUUUAGCUUAUUCCAGAAAAGGAAUUAUUUCAUCCAGCGAAGAUGAGGACUUCGAAGAUUCACCGCUUUUUAAUCGAGCAGUUAUUGAUAAAAUUUUAAACAAACCUCUGAAAACAAAGAAAAUAAAAGAGAAAAAAGAAAGAGAAAAGAUAUUGAAAAAGCGAGUAAGUUUAAGAAAUGCCUGAUUAUAAUUUAAACUUAUUUUAGUAAGUUUUAUUGGUGUACUAUUUUUUUAUUUUAAACCUAGAUGGGACUUUUAUCUCAAGCAGCGAAGAGAGCGAUGUCGGAGAUGGCACCGAAGACGACAUUCAAGACGACACGACAAAAAAAGAGAGAAAGGUAGCAAUGACGAGGAAAAUAACGACACAGAAAAUCAAAUGUCAAGCUUGUCAGACAAGUGUGUUCGUGCGGAUUCCUUGGAAGAAGCAAAAAGAAUUAUAGAAAAAUACGAGAUUGAAACUGGAACGAACUAUUCGAUUUACCAUAAAAAAAGCGGUUUUUGUUCUCCAGAUGUUGAUAUAAAAGGUCAUAGGAUCAUGUUUGAGGUCAAAAAGUCUGACAACCAACAAAUAUUUUUUACUGGUACACCAUUUCUCGUUUUGGGUAUGGAGGCGUUAGAUUGCGUGCACGGAGCAGACAAAAGUAAAGUUCAAAACAAUAAGAGGAAAGACGCAAGAAAGGCAAGCAUGAUUUAUCCGCUUUCCUAAAUUAUAAAUAACCAGAUGUUAACUGACGAAUCUAUUAACUUGGCACAGCAACAUCUUGCAGCACAAUUUUCCCAAUACGAUGGCUUCUUCGACACGUGUCUCGGUAUCCCUAAACGUGAAGAAUUAGUUGUGUCAAAUAAGCUUUUUAUACAAAUCCUUCACACUGGUGCACUGCAUUGGAUUUGUGUAGGGAACACUAAAAAUCAUAACAAUUCGUGUAAUGUUUAUGAUAGCUUAAGUAGUGGUAACAUCACACCCAGCGUUGCGUGCCAAAUAGCAUUAUUCUGCCACACAGCAGAUCCGGAAAUAAGGGUAGAGAUAUGUUCCGUCCAGCAACAAAAAAAUUCUGUGGAUUGUGGACUAUACGCCAUUGCGUUUGCAACAAUUCUUGCUUUGGGGGGUGAUCCAACUAAAGUAGUUUACGAUCGUAAAAGAUUGCGUCCGCAUCUACUUAUGUGUUUGCAUCAAGAAAAAAUGCUUCCUUUUCCUGAAGAAAAAACAUUAAGAUCUUUAAGAUGCGAAAUCAAAAUUUUGGCUAUUUAGUUGUACUGCAGUUUUCGCAUGCCCUGGUGGCGCCGUAGAUUAGUGGUUAUAGCUCUCGUACUCUGUGCGGGUGACCGGGGUCCGAUUCCUCUUGACGGCGAUUCAACAUGGGCGAGUGAAUGUUACCAUAGCCCCGGGUUAACCCAAGCCAUGUGGGGGAAAUUGGGAAGAUGGCACACUGUGUGGGCCGUUGGAUGUUGCCGGGAGUUGUCUAGUAGAGCGCGGGCUCUAAUUGGGUCUGCGUGGCUCAAAAUGAGCAUUAAAUACUCUAGGACUCUCCAUCUACGCCAUGGCCCCUCCUGGAAAUAAUAGACAGGGUAUAUCCCUCGAUAUUUGUGAGGCUAGCCAUGUAAAAUGUGCACAUCUAUCUAUCUAUCUA